AUGGCGCAUGGGCCGUUAGUUUUGAAAGACAGUCAUAAAGCCAACUCGCUGGAGAACAUCAGCGCCGCCCAAGCCGGGACCGACAAUCUGAAACACUCGAAGCAGUCCUCCAUCAAGCGUGCCGUCCACAAAACCUCAGGCAACGGCCUUGCUUCCAUGGAUUGCUCAUGCAAGAACUCUGAAACAUCACCGAAACCUCACACUGCGUCCAACAUCUUCGCUUCGCCGUUAAAGGCGCUGUCCGAAUCUCUAAACGAUCCAGACGAACUCUGUAUUUCUAUCCACGACCUCAUUGAAGCCUAUAAUGUCCUCUGUAAUCGCCUUCGAUCUCAAGCGAAUGAUAUUUUUUCUACCACCGAACCCCACCCCUGCCUCUUUGCCUUCGCCGAACGGUCGUCUGACAUCAUGGACUGCCUGGCGCGCGACCUUCGACGCGUCUUGCCCAGUCCCUUCGAGACGCAGAGCUUCGGAGGAGGCUCCUUCAAGAAUUGGCACUAUCCAGAGAUCACGUUCAGCGAAGAGGACUUAGAGCUUGCAUCCGAUAAUGCUACGCUCUGCUACCAUGCCCUGCGUUUUGUAUCCAGUAUCGUCACAUUUACACCACUGUAUAACACAUUUUCACACGAUCAACUGUGCUCCGUGCUUCAAGACGCCUUAAUGCUUUGUACACCUACGCCGCGACCGAUCCUCAAUCUACAAAAAUCUCGUGGUCUGGUUUUGUGGAUAUUGAAAGUCCAGCAAUUACCCGCCUCGGUUCUUCUUUCCGCGGAAGAUAUGGUCGUUUCAGCGAUGAAAUCCUCGCUCCUCGAAGAAAUCGGGGGACUCACUGGCAAGAAGGAUGCCUUCAUGGCUAUUCAUUUUAUUCUCGAGAAACAUCCCCGAUUCAUUCGCCCGUUCCUCGAACUGCUACCCAUCGUGCUCGACCAUCUCAACUUCGGCGAUCUUGAUAUUCAAAUGCAUGCUGCUUACGCCCUCAGUGGGUUCGCCCUCGCCAAACUGGACGCAAACGCCUCGCCCAAGUUUCCCCUGUCCCAAGUCGCAGAGAUCGUUCAAGACUACAUCGACGUGCAGACGGCCCGGAACAAACCUCGAGCGGAAGCUCGUCUGCCAGCCAUGUUUAAGGCAGCUUUAGAGGGCGACCAACACUGGCAAGCGAGCGGAGCAUCGUUCACUCUAACGGUGGCUUCGGUACUCAUAGUACUCUUGGACCAUCAUUUUUUCUCCAAAUCGCGCUCCUUGAAACUUAUCUUCUCUCUCUUCCCACAAAUCGCUGGUCACCGACGAAGCAAUGUUCAAAACACCCUUCCUGAAGUAUGGCGAAUCAUGAUCUGGGCAUUUUCAAGGUUUCCGCGGGAUGUGGAUGGAAGCAGGAGUGUUGACGACCUCACCACUUUGGAGGAGACGCGAGAUCGCUGCUAUCGCGUGGUGGUGCAGGAGCUUAGGCACGGUCUAGGCGUUGACCUCGUCGCUACUCUGCUCCGAGGAUCCUCGACGUUGGACAGCUAUCGCAGGGCGGACGACGUAGGCAAAGCGGUCUCGACUUUGGUGGAUAUGGUCGAAAGCAAGCAUGUCUCCUGCAGAGAGGACGGAAGAGCGCUGUUGAGAAGGCUGUCGAGCGGAAUUGGUACUCCGACGUCGACUUCUUCGGCCUCGCCCGUGGACAGGGGAGUCUCGUUCUGGAGACAGCUUGUCGAUGGAUCGCUUCUUCAGCAACCUGCACGCAGCAUCUCCGUGCCCUCGACUGUAAUCCCCGUCGAGAGCAUUUUGCCCCUCGCUGAAGCGGAGGUCGUGCAGCAUUGGGACGCUUUAUCGAAGGCUUGGAUCUCUCUCGUGCAAAGGUUCCUGACAGAUUCUUCCGCCAGUCUUCCUUCAGAUUUCACUGACUCAUGGCAGGCCUUGCUUCUUGCCCAAAGUCAUCUUUCUCAAGGCCACCAACAUCUGACCACCUCCUCGGCCUUCGCCGCCAAAGUCGCUUCUAUCAUCAACAUUUUCUCAAUAACCCUCGACGUACCUGACGCACAAGCCCGAUAUUUGGCCUUCAUCAACAAGCUUUGGUCUGUCUUGAAGAACGUUUUUGCUCCCAGUUGGCUGUCCUCUCCAGCAGAGAUCAUCCUAGCGUCCUUACUCAAGAAACAGUUCACCCUGUCGGACGAUCAAGUCAGGACGUCAUGGAGCCAGCUUUGCGCCGACCUCAUCUCGGUCGGAAUGCCCUCCUUGUUGCAUGUUCUUCACGUUCGGAGCGAAAGUCAAGAAGGGGCGGAAGUCACAAGACAGUUGUGGACGAUCCUGGCGCGGGACAGGCUUGCCGCUGACGGCGAUGAUUGGCUGGAACUGCUCUAUCUCCUUCCUAUGCCUUUCGGGACAUGGAUCAUGGACGAUGAUGAAUUCGAACUUUGGGAUGGCUUGUUCGUCAAGGCGCUUGACAUUGGUAGCAGUUGCCUUAAGUCCGAAGAGGUCGUGAUCUCCCGCUUGGUUAAAUCGCUAGAAGACGGUUCAAAAUUACAAUCCAUGCGACUCUGCUGCAAAGCCAUUAUCUCCCUCAUUUCUCACUCAGCUGCGGUGCCUUGUCGCAGCGUCAUUCCGAAGCUCCUGCCGAUGCUAGACGCCGCAUUUUAUGCGUGCUACAAAAAGAUGCAUGACGAGAAGGAAGCCGCCUUCGAUACCCUUCGCACUGUUGCGGAGGUCCUUUCCAGUACGUUGGAGUCGGACAUGGUAGAAGCGAUAUCUGCCUUACAAGAAGGCCUUUGUCGCUGGCUCGCAGAUGAAGACGCGGCUCUAGACGAUGAGGAGCAUAAAGAAGUGUUGGAGACUCUUUAUGGGAAACCCCUCGAGAAACUGUCAGGCCUGCCACCAUCUCGGGCCGUCCUCGAAACUCUGGCCAAAUUCCUCCAUUCCGUAUUCGUCCGUAUCCGAGGAGAUGGCCCAGUCCUUUUUCAGAGAUUCUGGCGUUCGACGUACCACAAACGACCGGAUAUUUCGCCGAAGGAUUACCCCGUCCUUAUCCAGAGCUGCCUCAAGGCAUGGAGCGACUUCUGUGGGGACAGUCUCGCGCAUGGUGUUUCUUUCGACUCCGCGUCGCAAAGUCUGAAAUCGUACACUAUUCCGGAUUCGCAAGGCUCUCCUUCUAAGGGUCCUCCUGGUGAUGAUAUAUUCUUGGACGAGGGAACUGGGCUGGAUCUUGAGCGUGGCCUUCAACGAGGAGAUAGAUCCGGUUCAAGAGAAACCAUAACCCCCAGAAGCAGGAAGAGGUCGUUAUCACCCAGCCACGAAGAUCGAUAUCCUCUCUUAGAAUCCCCUUUCGCUCCUCUGUCCUUGCCUCGUGUUGGCGUUGACGAUCUACCUCGUACGCCGAAGCGUCGCCGAACAGGUCCUUGGGAGGCAUUCCAAUUUCCUGGUGUGAAGAGAGGGCAGAUCUUGGUGCACGACUCCUCGAUUCCUUCAGCCAAAUCUCGUCAACAGGAAUCGGCCUCAGAACCCGUCACUCGCACAUCGUCUAUGGCACAACUUAAUCCAAUCUCGGCAAGUCAGCCUUCGCAGCCCCGAAGACCCCACCGCGAUGAAGAGACCCCUUCGUGGGUGGGCAGCGAGGUACGAAGGCUACGAGAUGGCAUAUACAGUGGGGACCGCGACCGCGAAGAAGGCCUCUCCUCGCGAAUUGCCAGGCAUCCUCCAAUGGCGUCUUCAGACGAUUAUGAUACUUGGGAAAAAGGAAUCUCGGCUCAAGACCUUCACGAACUUCAACAGAAUCCUGAUCUCCGAUUUUCCGAGGAGGAAGAUAAAGACGCGGCAGAAGACGACGAAAGGGAUAAGCUGCUGACCUCGCCCAUGCAAGACGACCUCAGUCCAUCUGUAGGAGACUAUCCAUCCCGCUCUCGUAGGCGGUAUCGUUCACAAACUGCACCUGAACUCUCAAUGGGGCCAGAGUCACACUCCUUGCUCGCUGGCGUCCAACCAUUGCGUCGGAACCAGACGAGUCCUCUUGAACAUAGAAGGACGACCUCCGCCCAGCUGGAUGCCUUGCAGCACGCAUAUGCGAUUAUUACGGACACGGGGGCGUCGCAGGUGGACGUCCAGGAUAUUAUGCAGGCUCGGAGGCUGGCGAACCAGAUUAACCAGCUCUUGGACGAGCAGAUGUGUCGGAAGUUUGGUGCGAACACUGAAGCUUGA